AUAGCACAAAAAGAUAGCUACGUGUUUGAAAUGACCCAAGCCAGUCAGCGCUUUCUGUGUUUUAGAUAGUCUGCCCGACAGGAAUUAGUAGCGGCAGUUUGUCAGACUAUAUAUAAUUGACUGAAUCGUUUACGCUGCCCUACCUCUGAAUGGACAAAUGGUCGUUUUUGUACAGGUAAUUUUAGUUGUUCGAAAUAGGUCAGAAACGUAAUUAGUUAGAGAUAUCUAACAACGUCUACGUAAACAGAACGGUGUUGUCGUAAAAUCGAUUGGGAGCUGUAGGAUAAGUGGAUUUCUACGACCAUCUUAAAGGAUGGCCAACUGGAGACGACUGCUGACGGUACUGGCAUUUCUCUGGAGCGUAACCACCGUAACAGCUCAAACAUGUCAAUCGUCGGGUUUCACAAUAGCGGCCACGGAGAAGCUACAGACAUUAUCGUCUCCUAACUUCCCAUCGUCCUAUCCGCCGUCUGCUAACUGUAAGUGGUAUCUGAAUGCUGGGGAUGCUGAUCACUUGGUGUUUAUAGACAUAACGUCAUACUCGAUCGAGUUCGCCCCAGGAUGCUCGUACGACGGAUUAUUUAUCUACGAUGGACGACAAUCGACGCUGCUAAAGGCCGCGUGCGGUUCAGCCUCACAUAGACAAAUAGAUUUGUACAAGUCUACCAGUCAGUACGCCACUGCAUGGUUCCGGUCAGACUCCAGUGUCCAGCUCCAGGGCGCGACACUCCGAUUCUUCCGUUACCCAACAACAGUCAGUACUGUUUGUCCAACAGCCCUGGAUCUGGACGCGAACACCACCAUCCAAUACCUAUAUUCCCCGGGAUUCCCUCGACUGGAAGACGCAGAUAACGAGUGUUCCUGGCUAAUCACAGCUGUCUCCGCUCUUGACGACAUUAUACUGGAGGUGCUGUACUCUGACAUGGUAUCAGGGGAGGUCUGUUACACUGAUAUCCUCACAAUCUACGACGGACCAGACGAUAGUGCCACCGAGCUGAAACAGGUGUGCUCUGACAAGGUGAACUUCGUAAGUGUGGUUGUCAUAUCGUCGGCAGAUAAAAUGUUUCUAAAGCUUACUACACAGUUCAGUCUGACCGCCCGAACUGGCUUCGUCGUGUCGUAUAACUCCACUAACAGGGGACGAACAUUGGCUCUGACAACUACCGUGGCAGCCAUCCCGACCUUUUCGGUGUGCGACACAAGCGUGGUGCCAGCCGCAUCCUCCCUCCAACAAAUUACGUCCCCCAAUUACCCUAACCUGUAUGGAAACUACCUGAACUGUUACCUGGUCAUUGAGGCAGCCGAAGGGGAACAGAUUUUUCUGAACCUAGUGGAUUCCUCUAUACAGAGCAGUACUGGCUGCUCCAACGAUGGAUUGGCUAUCUAUGAUGGUCCGUCCUCUAGCUCGGUACAGUUAGGCUCGUUCUGCGGGGAGGAUUUGACGGCUAGUAUCAAUAGUACUGGCUCCAGUUUGACUCUCUUUUUCUACGCAGAUGGUUCUAGUUUAAACAGAGGAUUCAAGGUGCAGUUCAUAUCUGCACCCCACGUGCUUCCUAGUUGUAUUGACUCCAGUGUCAACAUAACGUACCUCAACGCGACAACAUCUGUUCAAUACCUAACAUCUCCCAACUACCCCGCCAAUUAUAAUCUGAACGAGAAUUUAUAUUGGAUUAUUUACGAUACGAGCGAAUCUGGAAUUAUCAAGAUAAAAGCUGAAGAUUCCAGGAUUGAGGCUAGUUACAAGUGUGUGUUUGAUAAAGUCUCUGCCUACAAAGGUCCGUGUGCGUCAUUUCCCCAGCUCGGGACAUUCUGUGGAGAGGAGAAACCCUCGUACUACCAGGAUACCGGUGAUUACGCUCUGCUGACUUUCACGUCCGAUAACAGCGUAGUGAACAAAGGAUUCAACAUAUCCUAUGUCCUAGUGUCAUCGACCCCGACUCCGGAGACGGACUACACACUUCUAAUAAAGGCGAUCGUCGGAGGUAUACUAGGCGUCAUCGCUCUUGCUGGACUGAUUUUUCUGAUCGUGAAGAUGGUACAGAUGUGGCGUUCGACAGAACCAAUCAGUUCAAUGGAUAGGAGGCGCGACUCGAAUAGCAGCACCUCAUCUGUCCUCAUCCGAACGAGACACGCCUUUACCGCGCUAUCGAGUAUGAGGAUGCCGCUACUGAGAUCGACUGCAAAACCAAAGAAGCCUAAAUUGCCACGAUUACGCCGUUGAUUGUGUUUGAACCAUUGAAAAUAUGAUACUCUGAAUGUGGCUGUACAUGCAGCUGGUCAUGAAACUUGUGAAAAACGUAUUAAUAUUUAAACUAUUGGUUCAUGGCUCAUUUACAACGUUAACGAGCUAUUCAUACAAAUUUCAAUGUAUUUAGUUUUAGACAUUUGACUGUAAAAAUUACUGAAGAAUUUUGCAUAUGUUAUUGGACAAAAUGGUUAUGUGAAACAGUAAAAUAUUACUUUGGCUUAAAGUUUUAAAUAAACGCGACCUUGCGUCAUAUUUCGAAUGUUUCUUAAAGAUAUUUGAUGUAAGAAACAUAUUAAUCGGCCUAUAAACAUAUCUUUUUUAUUUGACGGUUGUUAUAAAACCCAAUUAUGUGUAUUUUUAGUUUUGAAUUUUGAUAUUUCUAGAAUAUAUUACAUUUCAUUUUUACUUUGUCUUUAGACAGGCUUCGAAAAAAUGGUUCUUAAACGUCUUAUGUGAUAAUCAAAAUUGCUUUGAUUGUAGUAUGUGUGCGUUUUACGAAAUAUAGUAUAAGGUUUGAAUGAAGGAUAUAACUUAGAGUUAUUGUGAUUUUUACUUCCACAUUUGUAUUUCCGUCCAUAUUAUCUUAAUACUAUUACAGUUUGUUUCCUGUAGAUGUGUUAUCUCUAGGGAAAACAAUUCACUUUUGUAAUUCAAUUACAUAACGUGUCAUAUUUCUUUUACGUAACUAGUUUUAAUUACCUAUCGCAAACUCCAGUGCCAUGAGAACAUCGAAAAUGUGUGCAUGAAUGUGAAAGGUUAUGAGAGUUGUCAACAGAAGUGUAACGAGCGAUCGUGUUACGAAUAAACGUUUGAUUGUGAUAUUAACCGUAUUUGUAUGUCGCACCUUUAAUUUUACAUAUAUAUUACAUGAUAAGUUAGCUUCAUCGUUUAUGAUAAUCCGUCCCUCAGCUGUAUCAUUGUUAUUAAUAUCAGCUCCAAAUUAAAUUUAACCAUAUCAC